AUGUCGAAACAAUGUUCUCCCGUUACUCUCGAUGAUCCACUCUCUAAAAAUUUGAAAUCCUUCCCAAAUAAUAAUCCUAUUGAAGAUGAUCAUGAUGAAGGAGAAGAAUUAAUGAUGAUAAGAGAAGAAAAGAAUAAUCGUAUUAAUAACACUUCUGCAACAGAGCAGAGUAGUAGUAUAUUGUUGGAUGAGGAAUCUGAUGAAGAAAAUUCGCUGUUAAAGGAAGGAGCAACUACUAGUAGUAAUCAACGUUCUUGUUCUUCUUUUAAGAAUCAAUCUUGUUCGGAUUCCAAUAAGAAGGAUAUGGUACAAUUACACACUCAAAUACCUGCUUAUUAUUUAAGGAUUGGAAAACAUAUGAUUGUGUUUAUUGGUAUCAUGAUUUUGUGUGCCAUUUCAUCGGGAUUUGUUUUUAGAGAAUUGACAAAGAAUAGUGUUCCAUUUAGUAAGGUUGGAGAUUAUGCCUAUCAACAGGGAUCAUUAAUUCAUGGCCAUUUCUUCUCAUUGGGUGUUUUUGUUCCUCUCACACUUGUUGUCUUGCUCUUUUUGAGUUAUGUCAUGACUGGUGAGAAGGUGAGCAGUGGAAUGUUUCAUGUUGGAUUUAUUAUUUAUGAAAUUGGAGCUGUUCUUGCAUUGGCUGCUUUUUGUUAUAAGGCAGGAUCAUUCUUGUCUUUUAUUAAGAGAAAUCCAAAAGCUAAUAUUCAUGAAUUUGAGCUGUAUACUUGGGGAGGCACUUCAAGUUAUGGAGGAAAGAAUGAUGGAACUGGUGACAUGUCAAUGAAAAUGAUUAGAAUGUUGUACUUUGCAAUUUCACAUGGUUUCAUGUUGAUUGGUUUGUUCAAGUGUGUCAUUAUCAUAUUUAUUUCAAUUUUCAGAAAAAAGAAAUUGUAA